AUGGCAUCCAUCAUGGAGGGGGGCCUACUGCCCAUGAUUAAAUGCUCCAAUUGUGGAAUGAGCGUGGAAAUCUCCUCCAUGGGCGAUCAUGUGUGCGUUAAACCAAUGCCAGCGACUCCUUCCCCCUCUCAAUCCCCUCCGCCGCCCCCGCCCAAAUCAGACAAUGUGUUACCCUCCAGAACUCCCAGCGAUGCCUGGGCCUCCAAGUCUGGGAGGUCCGGCCCCCCGCCUCGCAUUGACCCUGCAAUGGCCAAUCGUCCCUUCUUGAACCCCGCAAGCCCGAUUGCCAACCACGACCCGUUGGUCCCCUCCCCUCUUUCCACGUCUUCAGGUCAGCGAUCGCCGUUCAGAGCGCUCCAGCGCAGCCAGACCUCUCCAUUGCCCGACGAACCGCAAUCGCCGGAUUCGAUUAACCUGGAAACCGCGUUUGCGACGUUCCCCUUACCCCGUUCCAUGUCGGACAGACGCCCGGGUGGUAUGUCGAACGUAAAGGAUCCCAGAUCAGCACCACCAAUGCCAUCAGCUCGAUUAGCGCCUGCAUUGGACGGAAAUGCACUGGAUGACGAUAUGCCUCCGCCACCGCUCCCGAAAGAUGACGCUCCGGCAACGGCCAUGGGCGUUGGGCAUAGACAUGGCGCUUCGAUAGACAGCAAAAGCAGCUACCGGACAUCGCUGGCAAGCACACGAUAUGGAGACAAUAGGAAUUCCAAGCGGUCGACUGCCAUGUCGAGCCGCCGCCCUUCGUUCGGAAGCGUCGCGCGCGACCCGUACAAGUUCGUGGAUGAUGCUCCCCCGGUGCCGUCUGCUGCACCGCAACAACUUCUGCGCCCCUCCCGGAUUUCGGACACCUCAGUGGCCGGAGUCGCGGACAAGCGUGAAGGCAGGGGUGAAAUAUACAGUGGCUUCGAUUUUGGGGUGUCGGAACGGCCGACGAGCGCCAAGGCUGAGAUUGACCAUGUCAAUGCGAGCGCACUCCGAGUCUCCUCGCAUACCAACAGCAACUCCGAUCGUCUGAGCAGCAACCGCGGCUCAGCAGAGUUGUUCUUCCAAAGCCCGUCCCAGAGUUCCUAUGGACCCCCGCUGGACUUUGAGCUACCCAACGAGCCGCUGGCUUCGCCUGCCACCCCGGCCAACGGGGAGUACAAGGCCUUCAAGCCACAGAGCUCUGAAUUUCUCCAACCAGCAGACGCUGAAUCUGGUCGCACCAACGAGCGGGAUAGCAACCAGAGGAAGGAUUCUGAUUCAACCAGUGAGGGAAACAACUCCGUCUCCAACUUCGCACGAGCAUUGGGACUAGAGGUCGACCACACCGCGAAUGAUUCAAUCACCUCGUCGGAUUCCUCGCCGUCCGACACCACCAGGAGUGGAACGUCUCUAUCUAGUCUGCCAUCGGAAGCCAGCAUGUCCCGACAGAAACCCUCAGACCAGGGUCGUCUGGGCCCUGUUGUGGAGGAAGAGAAGAAGUCUCAGCAGCCUGUGCUGGACGAACCGGUCCUCGAAAGUCCGACGGAGCUCGAGCCCCCUCGCAUUCCAGAGGCCUUAUUCAGCCCGGACUCGCCAACUGACCCUGCCAUUAGUCAGGGUAGCCUGUCGCUUGUUGCUGAAAAGAAACCCCGACGUCCUGAGGAGGAGAGCCCACCACGGCAAGAGGUGGUGCGUUCUGCGACGGCACCGCAGCCCCGACCCUCACCUCGGCCCAAGGGCCCGUGCCGUGGUUGUGGUGAAAUGAUUAUGGGCAAGUCCGUGUCAUCGGCCGAUGGCCGUCUGACGGGUCGAUACCACCGCGCCUGUUUCGUGUGCUUCCAGUGCCGGACGCCGUUCCAGACGGCCGACUUUUACGUCCUGGAGGACCGUCCCUAUUGUGCCCAGCACUAUCACGAACGCAACGGCUCCCUUUGCCAAACCUGCCAUACUGGCAUUGAGGGUCAGUAUCUUGAGACUGUUGAACGCCGUGGCCGUGGGCCCGCAGAUCGUCAGAAGUUCCACCCAGACUGCCUGAAAUGCCGCACCUGCCAGAUUCCCCUGAAGGGAGAUUACUUUGAAUGGUAUGGCCAGGUUUACUGCGAACGUGACGCCCGACGGGCGGCAGCUGCUACGCCACCACCCCCUCGUCCUCGCCGUCCAACCAUGCCCUCGUCUCCGUUAGCCCCGUCCGGCCGUGGAUACCCCCCACCGCCCCCAGGGUACAUGGGCCCUCCCGGCCCUGGUCCUAACGGCUUUGGACCGCCUCGUGGACGGGGUCGUGGUCUGCGACCCCCCGGCCCAGUCGAUGGGCCGUACGCAGCGGCGGGACCUCUUCCUCCCGCGCGACGCUUCCCGGAGCGCCGGACUACCAGGUUGAUGAUGAUAUGA